AGCGUUUGGUUAGUGGCUGGUGUGACUUCCACCGAAGAUUCAGCUGACCCUUGAUCCGUCUCGUCUUUUACGUAAAUAAUUGUUUUGAUUUAAAUCUUCUCUGAUUUAUACCCUGUGUUUGAUACAACAGAAGCUCUUGUCCAGAACCUGGAUUGGGGAGGAGAUCCCUGAAUACAUUAGUAAACUUGCUGAGUCUUUAACAAUUCUGCACUUUCUGCGCUGAUGUUUUUCUUUGUGUCUUCCACACAGCCCAGACCUUGACUGAUCUUUGAAGGUGGCAGGAUGUAAUGGAGAUGGUUAGCAAAGCAAGUGGGAUCUUGAAGUAUUCAGAAGUAGAAAUGUUGGGUACAAAAGUAGGGUCAUUUUGGUGCAUCUUUAUAUAAGUUUGGUUAGGUCCGAGUUGGGAUAUUGCACCGAGUUCAGGUCACUACACUUUCAGAAAGAUGCGAGGCUGUUUGGGAGGGUGCAGUGGAGAUUUAUCUGAAUGGAUCCAGGGCUGAGGGGUUUUAGUGAGCGGGUUCAGUUGGAGAAGCUGGGGUUAUUCUCCAUGCAGCACAGGAGGUUAAAGUGGGAUUUGAUGAAGGAAACCGGAUUCUUGAGACGCAGUAGACCAGAGUUCAAAUCCCACCUGCUCCAGGGAUGAGUCAUAACAUCAUUGCACAGGUUUUGUCGACCUGCUGUGAAUCACUUACUCCAGCGACCUUGGAAACCCAACGUGAAGAGAGGCCACGUCAUCAAAGGGACUGUUGACCCAAAUGAGUGCACGGCCUGUCAUUUCCACUCAUCCCAAAGAGAACGUGGCUCAGAAUGGAGUGAGCAGAGUGCCACUCCAGGGCAGUAACGGCAGCAGUGUGCAGCAAGUUCCGCAGCUCCCUCCAGUCAGCCCCUCGGGGGCUGGCAAGGCCAUGGCACCUAGCAAGCAGAGCAAGAAGAGUGUGAGCUACAACAAGGAGAGCGAAGAGUACCGACAGCGCCGGGAACGCAACAACAUGGCUGUGAGGAAGAGCCGGUUAAAGAGCAAGCAGAAAGCUCAGGACACGCAGCAGCGAGUCAAUGAGCUGAAGGAGGAGAACGAGCGACUGGAAGCAAAGAUCAAGCUGCUCAGCAAGGAGCUGAGUGUUUUAAAGGAUUUAUUUCUUGAGCAUGCCCAUAGUUUCUCUGACAGCGGGCACCCACCGUUCACUGAAACCACUGGCUCUGGGCAGGAGGCUAACACUCUGGGCCAGUAAACAGGGAGGUGCCUGCCAACUACACCCAGAUCUUGUGGGAAGGGGGUUUGCUUUGAAUUGUCUAUUUUAAUUUAAAUUUUUAAAAUGCAUAUGUUUCUGCUGUUGGUAAGAGCAUUACAUUCAAUGAGUCUGUAUUUGGAGAGUAUUCAGAACUCUGAAAGCAGAGGGAAAACAGCAAUUUAUACAAUGGACUCCACCGAAACUAACAGUGCCCUCAACCAGUGCUCACUCUAUGCAGGAUUGUUCCAUCUUGCUCCUGGGUCUCUUCCCCAACCCCUUUGCCCCUGUCUCCCAAUUAUUCUCUGUGUUUGUUCAAGUUGAGCUGUAAUGUUGUAGAAAUGGUUGUGGGUUUCCAGUAUCAAGUUUGCUAAGCUGCAGUUUCACUGUUUAUUUCACUGACUGGGGGGAAUAUAGAGCUGGAAUGUCAGGGUCUGGUACGGAGCAUGGGUCUGCUGACCUUGAGAAGUGCUGUUUUAAACAGCUCAUGGCAAUAUCCUGACAGAACCAGACACCAAGGUGCACUUUAACACUGUGGGUAACCCAUUUGUCUCACAAUCAGUAUCUGCAAGGGUUGGAAGGGGUUUGAAACUUGUGGGGUUUUGCCGUCUUGGGGUGUGGGGAGGUGGUGUGACUGAAACCCUCUCCUUGCUGUUAUUUUUCUGUCUGGUCCCUGCUGCUUGUUUGGUUUUCCCUUCAGUCUCAGAUUAGCAGCAACUGCUGCUUACGUUAGAGGAGUGUACUGACUCUGUCCCAGAGAGUCUCCUCAGGGCUGUUUCAGGAUUUGAGUUUCAACUUUAAAAAGUAGAUAACAGUACAGGGGAUGUAGUAAUGAGCCAAUUCACAGUAUUUAAAUGUUGCCUCCUCAUUGGGAUUGCUCGAAUUGCUUCCAUUCAGAUUAACAUUCCAGAGUCUGGAUUGCAGUUUUUGAUCACAGCCUCCUGCUCAGCAGUCUGUCACUGUUUGUCAUGUGCUAGCUCUGUUCUUUUCGUUACCCCCCCCCCCCCAGUUCUUGCUCUUCACUGGCUUCUUAUACAUGGCUAUGAUGCAUCAGCAAGUGACAUCCCAUUGGAUUGCAGUCUGUCCCUUUUGUGCAGUUACCUGGCACUGCACUGUAGUUGCUGAUAAACACUGUGCUUAUUUCCAGCUGCUCGCACCUUGACCCCCACACCCCAUUACGUUAAGCUCACAGUUUGUGAGAUUGCAUUGUAGAGUGUUUCUAGCUGUUACAUGGACACCUCACUCUCUGUAUUGGCUCUUUGCACCUUUCCCCUUGGCCCCCUCUUGUUUCCAAGGAUAUUCUGGCUGCUGAAUGCACCAGAGACAGGCAGGUCUCAGAAUAUAAUCCUCCUGCACAUGCUCUCUCAUUUACUACCUGCUGUGUCGCCCUCACUAAAAUAAUUUGCACAAAUGUCUCAAAAUGAAGAUUUCAUGCAUCCAUUGUGAUUUCUUUAAACUACAUUGGGCUCAGUAAUAUGCUGUUAGUAAGCUAUCUUCGUUGAGACAAGAGUUUUCUGGUUUUCUGUGAAAUGAUAUCAGAGAAUUCUUUCACGUCAGUAACUGAGAAGGUAGGCCUCCAUUGUAACAUUUUAUCUACACCUUUCAGACUUGCAACUGGUAUGGUCUAAAAAGAUGACAGCAGCAAACACAUUCCUUCAGUACACAGUAAUAUUCUGGUAAACGUGCACUCCAUUUAUUCCAAACCCAGAGCUGGGCUCUGAACAGCAGUAGCGUGACAUCUAACCCUUGUAUUCUGAUCUCAAGGUAUAAAAGUCAGCAUUUCAAUCAUCUGUUUCAAUAUUUUCUUUGUCUGCUCAUAAUAUUUUAAUGAUUUAUGCACCUGGAUCACUAACUCUCUCUCUUCCUCAUUGUUUUCAGCUGUCCAUCGUUUUGAGAAUUUUUUUUCAUUUUAGCUUCAAAGUGGAUGAGUUUACGAUUCUCUCUCUGCUUCCAGUGCUUCCUAUCCUUGUGCCAUUGUCAACCUGCUGCCAGGACGUGGUCCUCUAGCCCAUCACCAAACUCAUUCAGAUCACAUUGAGACCACAACCACAGUCCCAGCAGGAAGUGUCUCAGCCCUUCCCCAACCUCCUCCCCCUACCCCUCCCCCCCCCCACUCACCCAGGAUCACCCCAACUCUCCCAUGGGACCCCUGGGUCCUCCCCCUUUCCCUGGAUCUCCCCCCCCCUCAGCUUCCUUCCAAUCAUCACAUGCGUCCAUUCCUCCUAUUCUGUGGCUGCUGUCUCAACCAGGUCCAGAAAUGAACUUCAAUUCCAUGAGCUUCAAUAUUAGGUCAGUCUCUUCUGGGGAACUUUAUCAAAUGUCUGCACGAUGUACAGUGUUGAGAGUGUGUUGCUGAAAAAGCUCAGCAGGUC